ACGUAAGUAGUAACCUCAACCCAAACCACUUGUUUCUCUAACCUUAACAAAGUGAUCAUUUUAACCCAAACCAUAAUCUUUCCCUAAACUUAACCAAGUGGUUUUUGUGCCUAAACCUAACCAGACCUUAACCACAACGUUGUCACAUCAAAAACUACCAUUAUUAUUUAACAGUGAUUUGUAACAGUUUUGGCAAGCACAGACAAAUUAUGUUGUCCUGCUGGUUACUGCCGAUAGGGGUGCAAGAUUAGAAAUGUGUCACUCUGAAGUCACAUUGUCACAUGACCUAUUUGGUUGUUUAAUUUGUAGGACUUAUUGUGCCUAGGCAUCAAUGCACUGACCAAGGACCCCAUUGUCAUUUCCCCUCAUUUCCUGGCAUCUCUAUACUUUCAUGGUCUACCGAGACAAGGCCUCCAUCUUCAAAUCAGAACAGAGUGCUAAUCAACAGGUAGAGCAGUAAAAUGCAGAAGAUGAAAGAAUAUCUACUAAACAUGCAACAACAGUGCUGUCAUGCCUCGAGCCACUGAAACAACUUCCUGAAAUGGCUGCAGAGUUUACUUCCCCUGCCGGCAGGAAUAACCUCACUUCAUUACUAUAAAGAUGGUCAUUCGUUCCCAUAUAAUCACUCAGGUGGUAAGAGGAUAUUCUGCAAAACAUUUUAAAACCAAAUCCACUGUCUUCUGUGGAAAUAAAUUACAUAUUCCCAGGAAGUAUUCAUUAUUCAUAAAAUCACAACCAAAACUAAGUGCCAGCUUGAAACUUGAGCUGCAGGAGAUUGUUUAGGGCGGGGCUGAUGCAACGAUGGUAAAACUGACUGUGGGCAGGGAUCAGUGUUAUGUGACUGACACUCAAAACACAAGGUAAACGUAUAUAAAGCUCAACACACUUUCUUCAACAAGUCAGAGCAUCAUCAAUGCUCUGACGAGAAAACCAGAGGGCAGUGCAGAACACUUUACUGUGUUGUGAUCAUUACCUUUCGCUCUUUUCAUCUGUUUGAUGAAACAUUGAGUUGAGACCGUCUGUUCAUUAAGUGUCAUUAAGUUUUACUGCAGGUGACACUGUGUGAUACAUUUAAACUCUAAAAUUAUAAGCACUUUUCCUGAUCCCUGAAUAGUAACUUAUUUAUAUGAUUUUGAUAUACAUGUCUUUUACAGAACUGUGCAGCCUUGGAUGGAGAACGUAACAAUGGUAACGCCUCUGAAACAACCUAUUGUGUUCGAGUUGGAGGGCUUCUUUGUACCACCAGGCUACAGCUCUUUGCUGUUCUUCCUGGCUCUGUUUAACUACAUGGUGGUGCUGUUGGGGAAUGGUGUGGUGUUGUGUGUCAUUGUCAUAGAUAAGAACCUGCAUAGACCCAUGUUCAUACUGGUUUGUAACCUGGUAGUCUGUGACCUGCUGGGGGCCACAGCAGUGCUGCCUCGCCUCAUGAUGCACUUCUUGACCGGGCAGAAGAGGAUCGUCUACACCCUCGCCAUCGCCCAGGCCUUCUGUGUGCACACCUAUGGUGCUGCAGUGCAGACUAUUUUGGGUGCGAUGGCUUAUGACAGGUACAUUGCUGUGUGUGAACCGCUCAGGUAUCACACCAUCAUGACAUCAGCUCGACUGCACUUCUGCUGCGCCCUGGCCUGGCUCAUCGCUCUGCUGUGUAUUGCUGUACUUUUUGCCUUCCACAUGAACACACCGCUGUGUGGCAACAUCAUCCGGCACGUCUACUGCAGCAACCGCUCAAUCCUGAGCCUGGCCUGCAGUCCCACCCUCUCAAAUAACAUCUAUGGUCUGUCCAUGACCUGGUCCUUGAGUACAAGCGUCUUCCUCAUCAUUGCUUUUUCCUACAUCAGGAUCCUGCAUGCUUCCGUUAAACAAGGCCGAUCUGACAGUGCCGCUCGAAGCAAGGCCUUUCAGACAUGCGCACCGCACCUUGUUGUGUAUCUGCUCUUCGAAAUUGCUUCAGUGAUCAUAAUUGUGAGUCACCGGUUCCCCUCAGUCUCCCAAAACAUCAAGAAGUUCUUUAGCAUCCUGGUUGUCAUCAUUCCACCAGCCAUCAACCCCAUCAUCUACGGACUGGUCAGUAAAGAGUUACGUGGCAGCAUCAUCAAGCAUUUUACCAGUCAAGCCUGUCGCAAAAAAUGAGAGGGGUCAACUUCUUCAGAUCAUUAUAUUCUAUUUAUAUAUUCUAUAUUCA